CAGGUGACACCAUGACGUCCCCCUGGACCUCCCUGCUACUGGGACUCCUGCUAGGGGGGGGCAGCGCGUCCCCCCGGGACACCAGCGCGUCCCCCCGGGACACCAGCAGGCCCAACUUUGUCCUGAUGAUGGUGGACGACCUGGGAAUCGGAGAUCUGGGCUGCUAUGGAAACAAGACUUUGAGGACCCCCAACAUCGAUCGGUUGGCCCGGGAGGGCGUGAAGCUGACCCACCACAUCGCUGCAGCCAGCCUGUGCACCCCGAGCCGGGCGGCGUUCCUCACGGGACGAUACCCCGUCAGAUCAGGUUUAGCUGGUGAUUUGCGACCGGGGGUGUUUAUAUUUAACGCAGCGUCCGGCGGUCUUCCCAGGGAAGAGAUCACCUUGGCCGCCGUCGCCAAACAGCAAGGCUACGCAACGGCGCUGAUAGGUAAAUGGCACCUUGGUCUGAACUGUGAGAGCAGUAACGACCACUGCCACCACCCCAGCGUCCACGGCUUCGACUACUUCUUCGGGAUCCCCCUGACCAAUCUGCGGGACUGCCAGCCCGGACAGGGCACCAUCUUCCAGCUCCAGAAGUACCUGCCGUACCGGACCCUGGGACUGGUGUUCGGUACUGCCGUGGUGCUGCACUGGUGCGGGGUCGUCCCUCUCCGGAGACGGCUGCUGCUGGUCCUGCUGGUUCUGCUGGUCGCCGCCGCCGCGCUGCUGGCAGGAUUCAUCCAGAUCUUCCCCAACCUCAACUGCCUUCUGUUCCGGGACCAUCAGAUCGUGGAGCAGCCGUUCACGUCUGAAAACCUGACGCAGAGGAUGACGCGGGAGGCCGUGGACUUCAUGGAGAGAAACUCGGCUCGGCCGUUCCUGCUGUUCUUCUCCUUCGUUCAAGUGCACACGGCCAUGUUUGCAUCCGCAGCCUUCAGAGGAACCAGCCGCCACGGCAUCUAUGGAGACGCCGUCCACGAGGUGGACUGGAGCGUCGGCCAGGUGAUGCAGACGCUGGAGCGGCUGCAGCUGAGAGACGACACCCUGGUGUACCUGACCUCCGACCAGGGGGCUCACCUGGAGGAGGUUUCUGCUGGGGGGGAGGUGCACGGAGGGUGGAACGGAAUAUAUAAAGCAGGGAAGUCCACUAACUGGGAAGGAGGGAUCCGCGUCCCGGGCAUCGUGAGCUGGCCGGGCCAGAUCCCCGAGGGGGCGGAGAUAGACGAGCCCACCAGCAACAUGGACCUGUUCCCCACCGUGGUCCGGCUGAGCGGAGCGGAGCUCCCGCGGGACAGGGCGAUCGACGGCCACGACCUCAUGGACCUGCUGCAGAACAAGGUGCAGAGAUCCAGCCACGAGUUCCUGUUCCACUACUGCAACUCCUACCUGAACGCUGUCCGGUGGCACGAGCCCAACAGCAGCUCGGUGUGGAAAGCUUUCUUCUUCACGCCGAACUUCCACCCGGAGGGCCGGGCGGCGUGUUUCCACACCCACGUCUGCUUCUGCACGCCGGCCUACGUGACCUUCCACGACCCUCCGCUGCUCUUCGACCUGUCCCGGGACCCGGCGGAGAGCCGGGCCCUGACCCCCGACACGGAGCCCAACUUCCAGCGGGUGCUGGCGGCCAUGACGGCGGCCGUGGAGACGCACCGCGGCUCGCUGGAGCCGGUGGAGAGCCAGCUGACGGCCGGCAGGCUGAUGUGGAAGCCCUGGCUGCAGCCGUGCUGCUCCACGCUGGCAAAGCUCUGCCAAUGCAGCCACGACCAGGAUCGGUAG